CUGAGCCCUCCUGACUUAUGGUGAAGUCAAAGAGGAAAGCAGUUGGUCUGUGUAUGGAGUGUCUGGGUACGAUGUUGGGAGUGAUGGUCACUCUACUGUUGCUGGCUGGCUUAGUUCAUUCAGAUGAUAAUCCAGGAGCCCCAAAAGAUAUUGACAAGAAUAACCCGGGAGUUCAAAAUGCCACCUUAUUAGCAAUCUAUGACUACAACAACCGAUCGAAUGACAUCUACCUGUAUAAAGUCCAGAAGAUACAAAGAGCGCAGAUACAGGUCGUUGCAGGACUUAAGUACAUUCUGCACAUUGAUAUUGGAAGAACGGUCUGUCGCAAAGGAAAGCCUUACAACUUCAAAUACUGCUCCUUCCAAACCAGCCCGCCUUUAAUGAGGACACUGGCUUGUCGCUUUGAUGUAUGGGUUAUUCCAUGGAGACACAUUCGGAAUGUGAUUGUAAAUAACUGCCAAUAAAAUUUGCUGGAUCCAUUUUUCUCCCCUAGUCCACUACAUCUCAAAUUUCCAGAAUGGCAAUGUCACUUUCCUCUAAUCACACUGUAAUUGCUAUAGAAAAUAUGCAGAUCAAGAUGAUUUCAGCUUUCUCCAGGGUUGAGGAGCUAUUGAGUCGAGCUAUUGAGUCCAGCUAUUGCAGUAAUUUGUUUGCAACCUGCAGUUUAACUGCUAGUAACAUUAGUGGCACUACUUACACAAUUGUAUUCUCUUUCAAAGAUACUGGUGUCUUGUUUCAAAUGUAUUGUCAUCCUAAAAUUAAAUCUGCAUUUAU